AUGAAUCUAGGGCCGAUAUCUGCUAAAGUUUUAGUCAGACUUAUGUAACAAAAUCCAAAUAUAUCAAAAGUUAUUAUUCCCAAGAAUUAGAUUGGAGACGAAGGUGCCAAAAUAAUUUCUAGAUUUAUCAUGAAAAAUUCUACACUUGUUGCACUUGAUUUAUCAUCAAAUGAAUUAACUUCAUCAGGAGGUUAAGCUAUAUUCAAUGCUUUGGGAUAUAAUAAUUCGAUUAUUGAUGUGAACUUGUCAUCAUUUGAAGGUUUAAACAGAAACACUCUUGGAGCUAAAGGUGUAUAACCACUGAAGACCGUUCUUGCUUAUAAUCUCUAUCUCACAAUUUUAAAUGUUAGUGGGAAUUUCAUUGGAAAUAAGGGUUUGUAAUACAUAUGUGAAGGAUUAUAGCAGGGUUAAAAUCAAACUUUAAUGAAGUUAAAUAUAGCAUUAAAUGAAAUUACUGGAGAUGGGAUUGAGAUUUUAUUCAAAAUAUUUCCCUCAACCAGAAUAAGAGAUUUGAAUUUGGCAAAAAAUCCUUUAAAGAAUAAGGGUAUCAAAUUUAUAGGGGAUUUAUUAGCCAAAGGAGGUCUCGUAUUAGAAUCACUAAAUCUAUAAGAAACACAAUUCACUCAUUAAGGGGCAGUCAGUCUCUAUUCUGGAAUAAAAAGGAAUAAUAAAUUAAAGAAUCUAAUACUUGAUGAUAAUAAUCUUCAAGGAAGAACUCUGAAUGAAUUAUCUCAAGCUUUAUGGACAAAUGCAUCCGUCACUAAACUCUCUUUAGAAAAUUGCUAGCUCUAAGAUAAUGGAUGUCUGUACUUGAUGGAUGGACUCGAGAGAAAUAUGUAUCUCAAGGAUCUAAAUCUUAAAAAGAAUUCUAUUGAGUAAUAAGGGGCAAUUAGAAUAGCUAAGCUUCUUGAGAGCAACUAAAAUAGUUUAUUAAAUCUGAAUCUAUCUGAAAAUAGACUGGGAGAUUUUGGAGGUCUCAUGAUUGCUCGAGCAUUUCAAAAGAAUAAUUGCCUCACUUUUAGUCCUAAAUACUUAACAUAAAUAAACAAACUUUCUCAUGAUAACAUCGCCAAAGCAAGAGGUGAUCAAUGCCCUAUAUAGCAACUUGAGAUAGAAAACCUGAUAAAAACAAAUUAAUAGAUUCAUCAAGUUAAGUUAAACAUCGAGAAGUGUAAAGUUAAAAAGGUCAAGGUAGAGAGUAAAUUUAAAGUUAUCGAUGAUAGAUAUGAGAUGUUAUCUAAAGAUCUAAAGAGUAAAUUUUCAGUGGUGCAGGAGGCUUCUAAUUAGCUGACUAAUAUAUAAAGAGAUUUGGAUUUCUAAGAAUAAAAGGUAGAUGAGAGACAUCUUAAACUUCUGAAUGAGAAUGAGAAGAUGUUUAAAAAUGAGCAGAGAAAAUUCUUUAAGGCCUGUAAAGAAAACGAAAAGACUAUAGAAGAAUUGAGAGAGUGGAGGGAAUAACUUCGAAGACUCAAGUAUGAAAAAAAUCAUGAAAGACAGCAAUUCGUUGGUACCCUAGAGGAUCUUAACAAGAAACUCUAUGGUGCAGAGAUGUCCUACCAGGCAUUAUUCUCAGAAUUAUAGAAGUAAAAAGCAGCUUUGCAAAAAGCAAUAGAGCCAGAGUAAGCAGUCUAGGAAAUUAUGGAAGAAGCUAAAGAGGAGGAGUAAGAUAAAAAGACAAUAAAAAGAUUAAGAGUAAAAAAAGGGAAGAAAUCUGCAAAAAAGGGAGCAAAGCCAAAUAAAGUAUGA